AAUAGCCACAGAAAAAGAACUGUUAGUUCUUCUCGUCUCAAACAACCAGGGAGACUCUGUUGGAUAAAUCGUAGCAAUGUCAGACGAUAAGAAUCCUCUGGGUCAGCUCAGGGACCUGGUGGAGCUGAAAGACCAGCUGGAGGACAUCCAGAAACGAGUGGAGGAUGAAAUACAAGCUGGGAUUCCUCCUGGAGGCAGUCUGCUCGCUUCUCCGUUCUUGAAGGGUUUCCUUGCCGGUUACGUGGUUGCCAGGCUACGCUCUUCGGCGCUGAUGGGAGUCGCAAUAGGAACAUGCACAGGGAUGUACGCGGCACAAAACUAUGCUGUACCAAAUAUCGAAAACACCGUCAAGGAGUACAUACAGAACCUGAAAGGACGACGUAAAUGAGGAGGAAGUGGCAAAAUAGAGAAAGUUUACAACAUCGAAGUGACGCUGGUACAGCUCUGAUCUGCUCUUUAUAUAACACUCAGUCCCAAUUUGAUAACUAUUUUUAUUUUUUUUGUAUCAUGUUGAGCUAAAUUCAUCCUAAAUGCAGAGAGCAUUUAAUGAGAAUUAAAAUGAAAAUAUUUGCAGUUGAAAAGAGGAGAAAAUAUGUAUUUUGAGAGGAUCCCCAGAGAUGGAAAUGGAAACGCAUUGUGACAAUUUUACCAAACAAAAGUGGGGAGAACAAAAAAAAAACAAUACAUUGGUCAGUUUCAACA